GCGCUGCCCGGGCAGUCCCGGGGCCCCGCGAUGGGCUCCGGCCGCCGCUGCUCGCUCCUGCUGCUGCUCCCGGCGCUGCUGGUGCUGCCCGCGGCGUGGGGGGACUGCGGGCCGCUGCCAAAUAUCAGCCACGCCGAGCCCCGAGGGGACACCAAACACCAGCAGAGCUUCAGUGUGGGCUCCACAGUGACCUUCAGCUGCCUCCCGGGUUACACCAAGCUCCCUCUUCUCCCCGACACCAUCCGGUGCCUGUCGAACUCCCGCUGGUCCAGCCUGCCGGAGUUCUGCGGCCGCAGCUGUCCCAGACCCAGAUCUGUGUCAUUUGCUGCGAUAUCACCAGAAGAUAAAAUGCAGAAUUUUUACGCCGUUAACACCACGGUGAGGUACAUUUGUCGCCAAGGUUAUGAAAACACCACGGCCCAGCCCCCCACCAGCACCUGCCUGGACAACUUAACGUGGACAGAAGUCCCUAAACUGUGUCAGAAGAAAUCUUGUGGCGUUCCAGCCAGUCCAGAACAUGGCCAAGUUAUCCUAAAAGAUCAUCAGCUGGGUGCAACAGCCAGUGUGGUUUGUGACCAUGGGUACAGAUUAAAGGGAGCAUCACCUUCCAUCACAUGUCUCCUAGAGGGAGACAAAGCUGUCUGGAGUCCUCUUCCAGCUUGUCAGGUUAUCUCCUGUCCCCCUCCUCCAGCCAUCCCCCACGGGCAGCACAGCGGGAACAGCUCGGAGGGUUUUGUGCUGGGCUCCGUCACAACCUACAGCUGCGAGCCGGGGCUGGAGCUGGUGGGGCAGGACACGCUGCGCUGCACGGCGGGCGGCGACAGCGGCGACAGCGGCGACAGCGGCGACAGCGGCGACAGCGGCACCUGGAGCGGGGCCCUGCCCACCUGCCGGGUUAAAACCACAGCAAAGACAAACCAAACCAAGCCCUCAGAAGAGAAUCCUUACUGGCUGGCAAGCAUCCUCAUUCCGAGUUGCAUUGCUCCCCCAAUAGCCCUUGGAUUUGUAGCUGGUAUCAUCAUGAGACGGAAAGAGAGUGAAAAGCACUCUUAUAACGUGAAUUUACAAAAGCAGGAGAUGAAGGGAAGGGAUGCAGCGAUGCACCCGGAGGUUACAGAUGAGAAGAAGCAGCCCAAGCCCUGGAAUUCCUAUUUUUGCCACGCAGGGAAUUGCCACGUGUGUCCCAGCUGUGAGGAGCAGCUCCACGGUGACCUGGCCCCUCUCUCACAGCCCCCACACCACGGCUGUGCCGCCUGCCGGGACUGGCUGAGCUCCCAGCCCCAAAAACCCCGCACCUACUCAGUGCCCAGCGUUGGUGACGGGGACAGCCAGAGCGCAGCGGGCACCAGCUCUCCUGCCAAAGCUGUGGAUGUGCUGAGGGCAGAUGGCACAGUAGAAGUUGCUCCGUGGUGGAGUGAGGCAGAGCAGCCCAUAGACCACCAAAGUGACCACGUCUGUCCCACCUGUGAGAGCUGGCUCCGUGCCCACACUGGCCAUGGUGACAGCAGUGCUGUGACACCGGGGGAGUGGCGGGACAAGGGCCCCCAGGGCCCCGUCUGCCCGCCCUGCACGGACAGGCAGCUCCUGUCCCUUGUCCACGGGGACACAGCCAGCAGCCCCGUGUGUCCCCUGGCCGGGGAGGGCACCCCGGCCCACCUGGUCCCUCUGCACAGCCCCGGCUGCCACCUGUGCCCCGUGUGCUCGGCGCCCAGCCACGCUCACCUGUGCCAGCCCCAGCGCCUGGCACCCACGCUGCCACUGUCAGGGAUGGUGCCCAUCCUCACCCUCUGCCUGCUGGGCAGCUCCGCUCUGCUCCUCAGCACCGUGCCCGGGGCUCAAGCUGCCCUGUGCCCGUUCCCCCGUGUGUGGCACGGCACCGUGUCCCCUCGCCGCUAUUACUACCGGACAGGGGACACCGUGAGCGUCACCUGCAGCCCGGGCUACACCCUGCAGGGCUCCCGCAGCAGCACCUGCGGGGCUGCCUCCAGGUGGGACCCCCCUCUGCCGCAGUGCAGGAAAGAGGUGACAUGUCCUCGGCCACCGAGCAUCGCCAACGGGCUGCCCAGCGGGCACCCCUCGGGCAGCUUCUCCCGGGGAGUGACCGUGUCCUACAGCUGCAGGCCGGGCUUCGAGCUGCUCGGCAACGCGUCCGUCACCUGCGCGGACUCCGGGCUCUGGAGUCGGCCCCUGCCCCGCUGCCAAGCGAUCGGCUGUCAGGCACCCGAGGUGCAGAAUGGGAAGGUCCACAACGUGCAGAGCACCUACAGAGCUGGAGAGACGCUGCACUUCGACUGUCACCUUGGGUAUGCAGCCGAGGGCUCUGACGAGGCUCGGUGCCAGCCCGGGGGCACCUGGGACCCGCCGGUGCUCGUGUGCCACAGGGUCCGGCCGUGCCCGAUGCCUCCGGAGGUCGCCAAUGGAAAACACAACGGCCAGGACAAAGCGUUUUUUACCGCUGGCAUGGCUGUGAGGUACAGCUGCGAUCCUGGCUAUUACCUGGUUGGAAACGCCGCUGUGUCCUGCAGAGCAUCGGGGAACUGGAGUCAGCCCCGCCCUCGCUGUGAAGAUACUCUUUGUCCAGAAAAACCCAAGGAGAGACAGGAGACCUUAAGGCUGCUGGUAGGAUGCCGCUGGCAGUACCUGGGGUUCGACCCCUGUGUCCUCCCAAAGUGUGACAUGCGGGAGGACGGGGCUGAGCUGGCUCCCCAAAAUCACUUCUCCCAAACUCUCAUGAGGUUUCCCCCUCCCUGUGCAGAGGUGACAUGUCCUCGGCCACCGAGCAUCGCCAACGGGCUGCCCAGCGGGCACCCCUCGGGCAGCUUCUCCCGGGGAGUGACCGUGUCCUACAGCUGCAGGCCGGGCUUCGAGCUGCUCGGCAACGCGUCCGUCACCUGCGCGGACUCCGGGCUCUGGAGCCGGCCCCUGCCCCGCUGCCAAGCGAUCGGCUGUCAGGCACCCGAGGUGCAGAAUGGAAAGGUCCACAACGUGCAGAGCACCUACAGAGCUGGAGAGACGCUGCACUUCGACUGUCACCUUGGGUAUGCAGCCGAGGGCUCUGACGAGGCUCGGUGCCAGCCCGGGGGCACCUGGGACCCGCCGGUGCUCGUGUGCCAGAGGGUCCGGCCGUGCCCGAUGCCCCCGGAGGUCGCCAAUGGAAAACACAACGGCCAGGACAAAGCGUUUUUUACCGCUGGCAUGGCUGUAAGGUACAGCUGCGAUCCUGGCUAUUACCUGGUUGGAAACGCCGCUGUGUCCUGCAGAGCAUCGGGGAACUGGAGCCAGCCCCGCCCUCGCUGUGCAGGGACUGUCUGCCUCAAUCCAGUCGUAGACAAUGGAAGGCAAGUUGGUGGCCACGGGCUUCUCUCUGCGCCCGGGCAAACGGUGACAUUUCGGUGCCACGAUGGUUACAGCCUGCAGGGCAGUGCCAGCGUGUCCUGCCAGGAGGAUGGCAGCUGGCAGCCCCCUGCUCCUGUGUGUGCCAGAGCACCGCCUCACCACAGCUCCUUCACCACGGCUCCAGGUGCUUGUGGUGCUCCCACAAGGCUACAGUUUGCUGAGCUAAAUGAGGAGCAUAGAAAUGCCAUUGAUUUUUCUGUUGGGAAGACUGUGCAAUACACUUGCCUCCCUGGAUAUGCUAAAGUCCCAGGAAUGUCACCUACUCUGACAUGCCUUGAGGGUGGAGUGUGGUCAGAAGCACUAGAGUUCUGUAAAAGGAAACAGUGUGGUCACCCUGGUGAGCCUGUGAACGGCAAGAUUAUCUCCCUGACAAACCUCCAGUUUGGGUCUACAGUGGUUUACAGAUGUGAAGAAGGGCACAGGUUAAUUGGACAGGCCAGCAGGCGCUGUGAGAUCUCUGGGGGAGGUGUUGCAUGGACUGGUCACGUUCCCCUCUGUCAGCGCAUCCCGUGCGAGCCCCCUCCGGACAUCCCCCACGGGCAGCACUCGGGCCGGCUGCUGAGCGAGUUCCACUAUGGCACAGCCGUGAGCUACAGCUGCCAGCCCGGCUUCCCCCUGCACGGGCACCCCUCCAUCCACUGCACCACCCGCGACGGCUACAGCGGCGUCUGGAGCGAGCCCCUGCCGGCCUGUGGAGAGUCGAGCUGCCCUGUCCCACAGAUCCAGCACGGGAGGAUCGUGGCUGCCAGGUCUGCCUACUCACACAGGGACACCGUGACCUUUGAAUGUGAGCCAGGCUAUGCCAUUCGUGGCCACAGAGAGAUCCAGUGCCAGCCAAACAACACCUGGGAGCCGCCUGUGCCCGUCUGCGAGCAGGCUGGCUGCAGAGCCCCGGCCAGGCUGGGCUUUGCCGAGCUGAAGGAGCCCUACAGGAACCGGACGGUGUUUCCUGAGGGGAGCAGGGUGGAAUUGGUGUGCCAGCCUGGCUACACCCAGCUCCCAGGGGCGUCAGCAGCCAUCACCUGCCUCAGGAACCAGACGUGGUCUGCAGCGCUGGACUUCUGUAAAAGGAAGCAGUGCCCCAGCCCCGGGAACCCAGCGAAUGGCAGAGCUGUGGUCCUGACAGAUCUCCUCUUCGGCUCCAAAAUUAAUUACACUUGUGACAAAGGGUACAAGCUGGUGGGAGGCUCCCAGAGAAUUUGUGAGGUCUCUGGCACACAUGUCUCAUGGAGUGGGGAUCCUCCUGUCUGCCAGCGUCUCACCUGCGCUCCCCCUCCGGCCAUCCCCCACGGGACACACAGUGGGGGCUCCAGGGACUCCUUCUCCCUCGGGGACGUGGUCACCUACACCUGUGCCUCGGGGCUGGCCCUGGCUGGAGGAGCCUCCCUGUCCUGCACCUCUGUGGAUGGGCAGCAUGGCACGUGGAGCGGGGCAGUGCCACGGUGCCAAGAGGUGACGUGCCCUGCCCCGCCGAGCAUUGCCAACGGGCAGCACGGUGCCAGCCCCGGUGCCAGGCACAGCCCGGGCUCGCUGGUGCUCUACACCUGCGCCGAGGGCUACUCCCUGCUGGGGAACGCCUCCAUCCGCUGCACGGCCAAGGGAACCUGGAGCCGGCCCCAGCCCCGCUGCCGAGCAAUUGGCUGCACCAGGCCAGAGAUGGAGAAUGGAAAAGUGACAGGGUCAGAGACCACCUACAACCUGGAGGACAUCGUCAUCUUCGAGUGCAACUUUGGUUAUGCCUUGAAGGGCUCUCAAGAGUCUCAGUGCCAGUUUGGGGGCAAGUGGCACCCUCCUGUCCCCACCUGUGAGAAGCUGCCUUCGUGUCCUUCCCCUCCAAGUAUCAGAAAUGGCCACCAUGACAGCAAGGAUGUGACAGAGUUCAUCCCUGGCAUGGCAGUGAAGUACCACUGUGACCCGGGCUACGUCCUCACCGGGAAAACCACAGUUUCCUGUUUGCCAUCGGGAGACUGGAGCAUCCCUUACCCCUGGUGUGAAGUUAUCACCUGCAGCAGCCCCAGCAUCAAGGACGGAGAGGUGGCUGAGGGCCGGAGGGCUGUGUACCACCCUGGGGACAACGUCACCUUCCAGUGCCACCCAGGCUUCGUGCUGAGGGGCAGCCGUGGGGCCAAGUGCCAGCCCGACAGCCACUGGGUGCCUGCUGUGCCCACCUGCCAGCCAGUGCGGCUCUGCCCUGCGCCCCCCGUCAUCGCCCACGCCACGCUCAGCGCUGAGCCGGGGAUGAACUUCACCAGUGGCACCUCCGUGAGCUACAGCUGCCAGCCCGGCUUCUCCCUGCUUGGGCACCCCUCCGUGCUGUGCACGGCCUGGGGCAACUGGAGCCUUCCCUACCCACGCUGUGCAGCUGGUUGUGGCACACCAACACCGUUGCUAUUUGCUGAGCUAAGCCAGGAAUAUCAAAAUCAGACUGAGUUUCCUGUUGGGGUGACUGUGAACUACACUUGUCGGCCUGGAUUUGUGCAACAGCCACAGAUAUCACCAACUAUCACGUGUCUUGAAAAUCUAACGUGGUCUGAAGCCCAGGAGUUUUGCAAAAUGCUGCAAUGCCCUUCACCUCCCAAUAUUGAGAAAGGAAAGCACGACAGCCAGGACCUGGAGGUUUUUCCCACUGGGAUGGUUGUGAACUACAGCUGUGACCCAGGCUACAGCCUGCGGGGAGAGGCAUCCAUCUACUGCACCAGCUCCGGCAGCUGGAGCCUCCCUGUCCCUCAGUGUGCAGGUGGCUGUGGUGCACCUCCAAACCUCACCUUUGCAGAGUUAACCAGGGAAUACAAAAAUCAGCUGGAAUUUGCUGUUGGGGACACUGUGCACUACAGCUGCCGGCCAGGACACUCGAGACGCCACGGAGUGCCCCAAACUCUGACUUGCCUCCAAAACCACACGUGGUCUGAAGCCCUAGAGUUCUGUAAAAGGAAGCAAUGUAGACACCCAGAACCCCCCAGGAAUGGCAGAGUUGUUGUUCUGACAGAUCUCCUUUUUGGGUCAACCGUGAGCCACACGUGUGACGAAGGGUACAGACUGGUUGGACAGCCCCACAGGAGAUGUGAGAUUUUGGGACGAGGUGUUGCCUGGACUGGUCUGCCUCCCAUCUGUCAAAGGGUGCUGUGCCCAGCCCCACAGAUCCAGAACGGGAGGGUGGCUGUCCCCAAGCCCCGCUACACCUACAGGGACUCUGUCACCUUUAAGUGCCGCAGAGGCUUCACCCUGCGAGGCCACCCCACGUCCCGGUGCCGAGGUGACAGGAGGUGGCACCCCCCUGUACCUGUCUGUGAGCAGGUGCUGCACUGCUCCAAGCCUGCAGAUAUCACCCAUGGGUCUUUCCGUGGCCCAGCAAAAGCAGUUUUUACUGUGGGAACAUCUGUAAACUACAUCUGCGAGCCUGGCUUCUCCCUCCUGGGGACAGCAUCCAUUUAUUGCACAGCAUCUGGAGCCUGGAGCCAUCCCCCUCCCAUCUGUCAAGCUGUGAAGUGUCUGCAGCCUCCAAACAUCACCAAUGGGAGGCUGGAAGGCAACACCUCUGCCACCUUUCCCUGCGGAGCCGUUGUAUCCUACAGCUGCGAUCCUGGCUACUCCCUGCUUGGGAACGCUUCCAUCACCUGCACGGCGUCGGGAUCCUGGAGCCAGCCCCUCCCGCGCUGCCAAGAGAUCAGAUGUGAAUUCCCGGAUGUCCAAGGUGUUAAAAAAGGCAUUAAAGGAAAUACUUAUCGCUCUGGCACUAACAUCACUCUUGAAUGUGACGAUGGUUACAUGCUGGAAGGCAUCAGUCACACCCAGUGCCAAGAGGAUUUCAGCUGGGACCCUCCCGUGCCAGCCUGCAAACUGACAUCCCCCAAGUCCGGGUCAGUAGGCCUAGGAGCGGCAGCUGCAGCAGUUCUGCUGCUCCUGGGGGCAGGUGUGGUCUGGAAAAUAAUUUCCAAGCAGAAGGAAGGCUAUUAUCAUACGUAUGAAAACUAUAAUUACAGAACCCCCCUGAACCCAGACUCUGAACACAGAGGCUCGUGUCUGCCAUCCGGGACUGCGUCAUCCGUGUGGGAAUUAACUCACCACAACAGAGCGGCUGUGCCCGGAAACCGCCCCAACCCUGCAGCGCUGAGUGUCCCACCGGCACGGGGAGCUAGCCCGCGGAUUAUCGGCGAUCCCCGGGAGAAGAACACCCCGAACAAACACCCCGAACAAACACCCGAGGGUGCCGCCCCGCCGCUGAGGGCGCCCGGCGGGCGGGCCCGGCCAUGGCGGCGCCGCGCUGAGGGCGGGCGGGCCGCGCAUGCGCAGCCGGCCCCGCGCUGCGUCUCCGGCGGCGCCGGGAGCGAGCGGAGCGGCCGCGGCCGCGGCCCCGCGGCGGGGAUGGGGCGGCUCUCGGUGCCGCCGCCGCUGCUGCUCGUGCUGCUGCUGUGGCGGCUCGGCGGGGCCCAGGAUGAGGGCACGUGUCCCAAGCCAGAGCGGCUGGAGUACGCAGAGCUCAACGAGCCCUUCAGGGAUAUGCAGAAUUUUCCACCUCGGAGCAAUAUCUCCUUCACCUGCCGGCCUGGAUAUGUGAGGGUUUCAGGGAUGUCACUGACCUGGACAUGUGGUGAUGACUUGCAGUGGUCAAAGCCAGGCAUGUUCUGUACAGCAAGAAAAUGUGAGUACCCAGGAGAAUUGGAAAAUGGUCACUUUGAUGCAACAGAUCUUACAUUUGGUUCAGUUUUGACAUUUUAUUGUAAUGAAGGAUACAGAAUACAGGGUAAGGAAAAGAUUUCCUGUGAUAUCGUGAAAGAAGGUGUUGGCUGGAGUGGAGCUCUGCCUUACUGUGAAAAAAUUCCUUGUGAGCCACCUCCCAAAAUAGCCAACGGGGACUACGAGGAAAGAUCCAGCUACGUGUACCAGAGCUCAGUGACCUACAGGUGUCGGGAUGUGCCCAGGGGCAGUGAUCCCUUCUCCCUCAUUGGCCCAGACACGAUUCACUGCACAGCUGAUGCACACUCAAAUGGAGUCUGGAGUGGGCCACCUCCACAAUGUCGAGUGGUCAAAUGUGAAGACCCUCGAGUUGAAAAUGGGAGAAAAACAUCUGGAUUUGGACUUCCCUACAGAUACAAGGACUCGGUUGUGUUUGAGUGCAAUCAAGGCUAUGUCAUGGUUGGAGAAAUGGUUAUUACCUGUGAAGAAAAUAAUACCUGGGUUCCUCCAAAACCAACUUGUGAGAAAAUUACUGCAGAUGUGUGUCCUGCCCCGAAGAUCCCCAAUGGGGUCCUGAUUCCAAGCAAACCUGCCUAUGGAAAAGGAGAAUCUGUCCAGAUCAGGUGCAAUGCUGGCUGCUCCUUCCCUGAUGGCUCUGCAGAGGUGACAGUGACCUGUCAAGAACAGAGCUCCUGGGGUGCUUUACAGCACUGUGCCUGUGAGGAGGCUGAAGGUUCUGGCUCCACUCCAGUCAUAAGUUAUGGGACAGUGACACAUGGACAAAAACCUUCCUACCAUGUGGGGGAUUUCAUUACCAUUGAGUGCUACACAGGGUACACCUUGCAUGGGGAGUCUCGAAUUCAGUACAUUGGAAACAACCAGUGGGUGCCUGCAGUGCCAACCUGCCAGCUCAGUGGAUAUGUUAUAGCCAUCAUUUGUGUGAUUGUGGUAGUUGUGGUGCUCCUGGCAGGCUUCUGGAUCUACAAGAAAUUCUUCUCACAGAAUGGCUCGUACACAGUUGAUGAGAGUUGCAAGGACAUUUGUAUUUUAAAAACUAAUAUCCCAGCUGAGAUGGAAGAAACUGCACAAAUGAAUUAAUGAAAAGAAGAGAAUAAAUGAAGGGUCUAACAAGGAUCUUUUGAAACCUUCUUAUGAAAAGGAAACGUGACAGCACUCCCAGUUCUGCCGAAUAUAAGAUGUGUAAAGCAUGACUGCCCUUUUUGGGGGGUGGGGGGGACCUUGCAGUGGGGUACCCCUGUCAGAGCUGCACAAAGACUGAUUGCCCUG